AAUAAUCAUUUUGCAGUACGUCUGCGCUGGAAGCUCAGACAUGUCACAGUUUUAUUCUUUUGCGCUCAUUGUAUUGCCCUUUCUGUCUGGACUUGAUGGCUAUUUUUACCAUAUGCAAAGGGAAUGUCGGUACAGCUCCGGGGACCUGAAAGACCUUGAGUUUAUCGACAGAUACAUUUUUAACAAAGUGGAGUAUAAGAAAUACAACAGCACUACGAACAAGUUUAUUGGCUACACGGAAUUUGGAGUGAAAAACGCAGAGAGACACAAUAAAGAGGGAGCGAACGACCAAGAGCACACCAACCUGGAUGCGACCUGCAGGCCCAAUGCUGAGCAGUACUUUAAGAAGAUACUUUGGCAUACAGUUCAACCCUCAGUGAAGGUUUUAUCUGUGAAAUCUGGCAGUCAGAGACACUCCACCAUGCUGGUGUGCAGUGCGUAUGACUUCUAUCCAGAGGGAAUCAAACUGACUUGGCUGAGAGAUGGGAAGGAGGUGAAGACUGAUGUGACUUCCACUGAAGAGCUCUAUAAUGGAAACUGGUACCAUCAGAUACACUCUUACCUGGAGCUCACACCCAAAUCUGGAGAGACCAUCGCCUGCAAGGUGGAGCACAGCAGCUUUUCUGAGCCCAAGAUCUUCAAAUGGGAUCCCUCAAUGUCUGAUGGUGACAGAAACAAAGUGAUCAUUGGAACUUCUGGACUGGUUUUAGGCCUGAUCCUCUCCCUUGCUGGAGUGAUUUACUACAAAAAGAAAUCAACAGGGAGAAUCCUGGUACCAACAAGUUAAUUUAGUUAACGCUCAACUGUCAUAUGGAGAGCAACUUCGUGGCACUCAGUUUGGGAAAAGACAUCCUUCCUUUUAAUUACUGUUUUUUAAUGUGCUUUUUUUUUACUUUAAGCAUGUUUGGAAAUAAUGAACUUUAAAAUGUGUAAAAAUAGUUCCAAAGCAAUGUUCUGAUAUUUUCUUAUACAGAUUUAUAUUAUAACUCAGGAAAGAUUUUUUGGUCAGUGGAUGGGAUUACUCUGCUUUCAUCGUGCUCAUCUUUUUUCAAAGACACAUUGAGUAACAUUACUUUUAAUACUGACGAAUCAUAGAUGCUAACAUGAUUGAGUUGAAGUCUUAUCUACUUGCUGUCCUUUUAAUUUCAGUAUGCUUUUUGUUAUGUUAUUGUGAAAUCUAUUGCUCGCAUUUUGUCAUUAUUUUAAAAUAGUCAUUUAAAAGUUCAGCUCAAUAUUUUUACAUAAAAUAACAGACCAUUAUACUUAACUAUACUGAUGAACUGUAUUAAUGUAGUCAUGUCCAGCCUUUACAAA